AUAAGGCCUUAUCUCAGUCCUACCACCUUCAGAUACCUGUUCGGUGAGGACACAAGAGAGGUCCUUCUCCACAGGUGCCCCCAGGUUCCAGAAUCUUCUCCUUCAGGAAAUUAGAUUUUCCAGAAGGUAGCUGAGAUGUCUGGAAAAGACUGUAGCUGAAGGCAGCCGAAAGAAAGACCGGAAAUGGCUUAAAGCAGAACCUCACCGUCUCAGAAGUGGCUGCAGGCAGUAGUUGUGUUUUUUUGGAAGAUGUUCGGAGACAGGGUGCUUUCAGAUCUCAAGGAAGAUCUUUACAAAGACCUCUCGUUUCCAGCGAAUGAUGACUCUCUCUUUUAUAACUACUCCACACCACUGGCUCAUUUCAGAGGGGAGAUCUGUUGGCUGAGACCUCAGGAGAUUUGUUCUCUGCCUCGAUUGUUUUCCGACGAUCACUAUGAAUGGCAGGUGAAGCAAGGGAUGUUGGGGGACUGCUGGUUCCUGUGUGCUUGUGCUGCUUUGCAGAAAAGUAAAUACCUGCUAGCCAAGGUGAUACCUCCGGGUCAACCUAGCUGGGGAGCGGAGAAUUACCGAGGCUGUUUCACCUGCCGCGUCUGGCAGUUUGGACACUGGGUGGAGGUCACCAUCGACGAUCGGCUCCCUUGCAUCGGGGGCAAGCUCUGUUUCUCCCAGUGCCAGACGGAAGAUGUGUUUUGGCUCCCCCUGUUGGAAAAGGCUUAUGCUAAGGUGCACGGCUCUUACGAACACCUCUGGGCAGGCCAGGUGGCCGAUGCUCUGGUGGAUCUCACGGGAGGCCUGGCGGAAAGGUGGGCCCUGAAAGACCCUGCCCGAAGCACGGAAAAGGAGCGAGCGAGUAAAGUCCUGGAGAAGGCCGUCUUUAGAAGACUGAUGAAUCUGAAGGAGAGAUGCGUCAUGAGCUGCUCCGUCUUCAGCUCACGCCAAGGGACCAGCGAGCUGGGGGAAUUCCACGCGUUCAUUGUGGUCGACAUGCAGGACCUCUCCAGAGUGUCCAGGAAGGAUAUUGUGCUGUUGAGGAUACGUAACCCUUGGGGGAGACGGUGCUGGAAAGGGCCCUGGAGGGAGGGUGGUCCUGGAUGGAGCCAGCUGGACCCAGUGGUUGCAGCGGAACUUCUGUCCCAGAUCCAGGAAGGGGAAUUCUGGGUAGAAGAAGAGGAAUUUUUCACAGAAUUUGAUGAGAUCAUCACUGGGUACCCCAUUACUGAAGAAGGGCAGCUGCAGAGCCUUUACACAGACAGAGUGCUGGGUCACACUCAGAAACUGUACGGGUCGUGGGUCAGAGGGCAGUCUGCAGGCGGCUGCCGUAACAACAGCACCUUCCCUAUGAAUCCCAAGUUCUGGCUGAGAGUCUGUGAGCAGAGUGAGGUGUGCAUCGCCCUCCUGCAGAAGCAUCGGAAGUAUAACACCGAUUGGGCAGGCAGGAUCCGGAACCGUCCCCGUUUAACGGAAGCGGAUCUGCCUUCGACGGACGGUGUCCGAGGGAAGAAUUACCAUGCGGUGGGGCUGCAUCUAUGGAAGCGUUCUCCUUCCUUCGGCGCAUGGCCUUCCUGCCGUCCUCCUCACUUUGUCCUGCUUUCUGGCAGUGAGAUAAAACCGCCUCCGCUGGACAACGCCAUCCGUGAGGAGCUCCCAGGUGGCGAGUGGGAGACCGCCCGGCUGGAAGGGUGUUGGAGAAAAGGGCAGAGCGCCGGCGGGAGCAGGAACUUCCCGUCCUUCCACACCAACCCCUGCUUUCCUCUGACCAUCCCUGCCGCGGUGGGGCAGAGCAGCAUCAAGGUGGCCCUACGCCAGCACUGCGCGGACAACAAGUGCCGCCCAAUUGGGUUUCAUAUCUUCCAGGUAGGAUUUACUUUCGCCUCUCUCUUCAGGAACAAUGUCCUUUAA